AUGCUGGAGAUGGAACCAGCUUUCAUUUCUUCCCUCUUUGAGGCCGAGGAUAUCUUCACAAUGUCAGGUUCAAAGCACUUAAGCUUAAGUUUGUUGCCAGAAGAGGGGGAUGACGAGGUUGGGGAUGUGAUCAAUGUUGGUCAAACAAUGCGAAGGGAAAGGAGGGGCCCACUAUGCGAGCCAGAACCGCUUCCUUCGCCACCAAAUCUAUAUUCCGGUAGUCUUCCGUUCGUAGCGCCGCCACUAGGUUCGGCUCCCAAGCGAAGGCUGCUCGCUUCCCCUUCCGCCUUCCUUCCAGGAACCCCCUGCCUCACCGCAUCUUCCGGUGUCCAGCUGAGAUGA